AUGGCAGGUUUUGAGCUGAAUCAAGCGGUGGUUAUGAUUGUCAUGGUGGCAUACAUGCAGUUUCAUACCACGGUGGCUAAGAAUACCCAUAUGGUCGGUGGUCCAGUGGGCUGGACUAUUCCUGCGUCAGGAUCCCAUAUCUACUCUAGUUGGGCUGCUACCAAGACCUUUAACGUCGGAGAUGAUCUAGUCUUUAACUUCACCACCGGAAAACAUACGGUUGCAGAAGUACCACUGCAGGGAUACGACCAAUGCAACACCACCGACCGCACACGCAUUUACAAGACCGGGCCCGCCACCAUCACCUUGACAAAAGCUGGCACCCGCCAUUACAUAUGCACUAUUCAUUGCAAAAUGGGCCAGAAGUUAAGUGUCAAUGUGAAAUAG